AUGGUGCCGAACGCUUUCGAACCGUUCGACUUCGAAAUGUUCGUGCAAGACCGGAACAAGAACCCGCUGCGUACGUUCACGAAGCUUCAUAACAACCCUCAGCUCCCCGAAGUGCAGCUUCACAAAGUGAGGCACUGGCAGAAACUGUUCCCUGUGCUUGAAUCGACCUUCGCAGACGGCUCAGUGGGGGCGGACACGAUCCUUUCUGAAGCUUCGCUGGAGCUCAUGACGGAUCCGCUGCCAGAAGGAUCGGAACUCGGCAUCCGGUCAGUCUUCACAAGCAACUACGACCUAGACUCAUACGAGAACUUCGAAUGUCACACACAAAUCUACGACAACGGCACGCAAGUUGACCACAGCAAUAGCCGUAUCGACUACAAUGCUGAUGGCUCGAAGAGGUUGGGUAAUCUACCUCUUGGAAGCACGUGGUGGGCACAUAGGAUCGUGGAUUUGACUAGACUCCUUCGAGCUGCUAGGAGACGAGACAGCGCAGCAACUCAAGGGACAGCUCACUCUGGAACCUCGGAAGCGUCAAGCAGCCAGAUUGAGGAAAAGGUCCGGGAAUCGCUCAAAAAGCUGUCCGCUGUGCAGGAGGUCUACGCUCAGCCUAAAUGGCAGUACAAACACCAGCGUCUCCUGACCAUCUGCUGGAAGUUCCGGCAAGUAAACCGUGGUGAAGCCGGGCAGACCACUUGGCGGAACCUGGUGCUGCCAACGCCUCAGAUCGGCGAGGAACUGGAGCAUAGAGACCCGUUCAACGUCCCACCCCUCGACUUCGGCAGUGCAACCGCCUCUACCAUAUCUCAAAUCUUCGACCAACCCACUUUCGAACUCGAUGCCCUCUCCUCCAUGGCAAUGGCGGGCGUGUCCGCAGACAUGAUGGCUGCAAGUCUCGCGCCCGACAUGUCCAAUCUAGUUUCUGAAGAUCAGUUCUCCCACCACAGCCAGCUCCCUCAAGACAAUGGCAUCGACUUCACAGGUGGUCAUAUCAAUAUCCGUAUGGAACCAGGCGUGCCCAUGGACGGCUACCAGUAUACGACGCCCACGAUGGGCUACGAGCAGCUGGGCCAGUAUGCGCAACCCUGGCCGGUAUAUGACUCAGUAUACGAGCCAAGAGGUAUGGACGGGCAGGGCUAUCUAGAUGGGCCAGAGCAGAUGAAGGAUGAGGGUAUCGUGCAGUCUAUUGAAGCCAUGGGGGAUCCAUGGGCCGGGGUGAGGGGCGUAGGCGGUUGA